AUGACUGAUCAAAGACAGCGUGCACUUUCUACCUCAGGGGAUGCACUUUACCAAAUUCUAGGUUUAGAGAAAGGAGCUUCACAUGAGGAAAUAAAGAAAUCCUACAGAAAACUUGCUUUGAAACACCACCCAGACAAAAAUCUUGACAACCCAGAUGCCUCUGAGAAGUUCAAAGAGAUCAACAAUGCUCAUUCAAUAUUGACGGAUAUUUCAAAACGGAACAUUUAUGAUAAAUAUGGCUCCCUUGGUCUCUACAUAGCCGAACAGUUCGGUGAAGAGAACGUGAACACAUAUUUCAUGCUGUGUAGCCCAUGGGCAAAGGGUCUUUUUAUAUUCUGUGGGGUGAUCACUUGCUUUUACUGCUGCUGCCUCUGUUGCUGCUGCUGUAACUGCUGCUUUGGUAAAUGCAAGCCUAAGUCACCGGGAGGCGAAGAGUAUGAGUAUUACGUAUCACCAGAAGACCUGGAAGAACAAAUCCGCAUGGACACAGAGAAUGAUGGAGAGGGUCCCAUCGUUCUUCAGCCAACAAAUGCAAAUGAAAAGACUCAGCUGAUUGGCGAUAGCCGACGUACCUACAACACAGAUGGAUAG